AUGAUAUCUACGUUUUCAUUUGGUCAGUUGGUAACGAUUUAUUCAUUCAUUGUCCAUACAUGGGAAUUUUUCGACUGUAAUGAAUUUUGUGAAAACGCUCGUUUACUUAGUCAAGCAAAAGUAAUUUUCCAAAGUGAUACACAUAAAUAUUCUCAUUAUUAUCACUAUUCCCAGUUCAUUCGUUCUAAUCAGCCCUCUCCAAUUGUUAGCGAAAAUUUUGAAAAAUUGGAUAAUGCGAAGGAAAUAACACUGAAAUCCCCCUUGACAUUUUACGGUGCUGAUCUCAACUCAGUAUAUAUAGAUACUCACGGUGAAAUUUCUGUGGGACAACAUGGUGAUUUAAGAGUAAUUAUGAAUUCUAUCUACGGCAAUUUUGUGUGUGAAACUGAGAUUUUGAAUGAGGAUGAUACAUUGAAGGCAAUGCAUCUGAUACACUCGAAUGGGAAGAUAUAUUUCUAUUUUGAGAACAUUCCUAGUGGAUUUGAGAGAAACCUUGUUUUGUCGAGGAUUUUUUAUUAUAUCGCGUGUGAAAACGUUUAUAAAGGGCCUGAAGCAGAUGUUCCUUCUGAAUGGAUCACAAAUGGAACACUAGUGGAAUAUGAAGUUCUUGGGGAUUGCCCAAAACACAAUUCGUUUGCAGCAUGUCAUGAUGCAACAACAUCAAGCACAAAGUGUCUUUGGUGUGAGAAAGCCAAUGCAUGCAUUACUAGAAGUGAUAAGGACGUUCAUGACUUCAAAGUAAAUGGUUGCCAGGUUGAA